AUGGAAUAUUUCGGAGAUACUACUAUAGACCGAUCACCGGUCGACGACCUCAACGACCAAGCAAUUUUAGUCUGGACCGAGUUUCAAGUUCCCAAAGACCUGAAGCUAGAUAUCGAAUGGGCUGGACAUUUCCAGCCACUACUCUGGGCCCCGGGGCACGAGGGUUCUGGGAGUGCAAGAGUCCAGGAGCGCCCAGACACAAUUCUUCUGGUUACAGCCUCGGAUAUGAGGGAAUUCAUGGUCUCGCCUUCCACCCAGCUCUAUCGGGAGAAUCUCAUGGCUAGAGGAAUCAUACAGAUGUCCUCUCGUGAGACAUUUUCGGACAGGAACUCCUACUGGUUUUGCGCCUUACAGUGCUCCUACGUGGAAUUGUUCUGGGUCUACUUUUUGACACCUGUGACCGAAGCCCAGAAAACCCAAAUUUCGGAGCUGAAGGGUAUUCGCGAACCUGCCUUCGGGAUUGAUGGUCAGUGCCGUGGCGUGAAGCGAAUACAGGCUGAGCUUCCUUUGAAGAUAUGGGCCACUGAAACAGAACCCGUGCAUGGCCAAGAAGCUCAGUUGAUGCUAUGGCUGCACUUUUGGAAGAACGCAGAGAGCGCCGAGUAUAGGCAUCUUGGGAAAUAUUCCAACACUGGUUAUCGCAUUAUGGGUGGAAGAACCCUACUGGAGGGAUUGGGUGAUAAGCUGGAGAGCGUCGGAGCCUUGGAAUGGAAGGAAGAGUUUUGUGAUUUCAAGCCAAUCACUUAUGUUUGA